GACCAAUGCCGAGACUAACAAGCGGAGAUCGCCCCUGGGGUGCGUGUUAAGUGACCGGCUGAAUUUCCUCAAUUUUUCUGUUCUUUUGCAGGCUGUUGAGACUGUAGCUUCCAUGGAAUGUGGAACACGUUCCGUCCAGGGCUCCCUCCUCGAGGCCAUCGCACACAUCACGAAACGUGUACAGAAAACAGAGGUGCCCCAAUGGCUCAAUGAACAUGGGAGAUGACUGAUCUCCGGUCAACUCGAUCACGGUGUACUCGAGGCGCGUCUUCGCGCGAAAGACGUCGCGUACAGUAUGCCGUUUUUUUUGGCUUCGUUUAUCCGUGUCGCGGAGUGCCUGGUAUGGUAUAUAAUAUGGCACCAACGCCGUUCUCAACGCUCCAGCAACCCCCGCCCCUCUUCUCACUCAUUCCCUCCAGCUCCUCACGAUGUCUCACCCAGAGGUUCACGGCGUCGUCGUCAUCUCUCGCAACGGCGACCGCAACGUCGCCUACCAACACCCUAUCUCCUACGAGGUGGACCCCACCGAGAGCACGCCGCUCGGCGAGGUGCAGGCACACAAGCUCGGCACGUACCUGCGCAACGUUUACUUCAACCCCGACUCGCCGUCUCGCAUCCGCGGCAUCAGUAGCGACAUCGUUGACCUCAAGGAGGUCCAUACUCGCGUCAAGGUCGGCACUGAGGGCGCGUCCGUCUUCGACUCCGCAACGGCGACGCUCCAGGGACUCUUCCCGCCGAACCCCAAGAACAAGAUCAUCCUUGCGAAUGAGACAACCGUCGUCGCGCCCCUCGGAGGCUACCAGUAUAUCCCGGUCGAGACUGUUGAGCCAAACAACGACCGCUCGCUUGAGUCCUGGACCGACUGUCCUGCUUUCCAAAAGCAUGUCCGUGACACCCUGUCUGGUGAAAAGCUGAAGAAAGCUGCUAGCGAGGCUGCGCCCUUCUUCCGUGAUGCGCACGACUUCGUUUUCGGUCGCCCGCUUAGCAUUGAGAACAUAGUGAGUGUCUGGGAUUGGAUGAACAGCGAGCUGAUCCACAAUCAGACCUAUGCUUACCGUCUCCCUCCCACCUUCAUCGAGCAGGCUCGUCACUGGGCUAAUGUUCGGGAGACUGCCAUAUUUGGAUCAGAAGACAUGCACUCCAUUGCUAACGUUGCCUCCCGCACCAUGCUCGACUCUGUGAUCGGCGCUCUGCAGCGUGUCGCUUUCAACGGCGAUCCGCUCCAAUUCAUGCUGAUUUCGACGACUUACGAGCCAUUCAUCUCGCUCUUCCACCAGACCAAGGCUGUCGACCAGGACCCCGAGCUUGCCGCCAUCCCCGACCACGGCGCUGCCCUUGCCAUCGAGCUCCGCCGCGCGCCGCCACCGGACGUGCGCGAGUUUUUGCGCUUCAAGUUCAGGAACGGCACUGAGGAGGAGUUCCGUACCAUCCAUGUCUUCGACCACGGCGAGGACAUUCCUCUGACUGAGUUCAUCUACCGCCUUGAGGUGAGGGCCUUCGUUCUCAUGUAGGGGCAUAGCCUGACUAUCGCACGCUAGGGCUCUGUCGUUCACGGUAACCGGAAGUGGGCCAGUGCCUGCGGCAGCGACUUUGCCCCGUCAUGGAUGGGUAUUGAGGCUGCCGAGCGCUCAAGAUUCGUCCAGGGAAGCUGCCUCAUGGCGGUCUUCUUCAUGCUCAUGAUGUCCGCGUGGUUCGGCUCUUACAUCGCCAAGCGCUACCGCCGCCGCAACCACAUCCGCCUCCAGGGUGAAGAGGUGGGUGCUCUGUCUCGUGAUGCCAGUGCUUCUCGAACUAAACAUUCCAUGCAGGGUCGCAUCGAGGGUGUCAGCUACGGCACUCAGGCCGAGAAGCACUAGGGGUAUGGUUGCAUCUUGGGCUCUAGGACUGGACAAUGAUUCCACGAAACACGGGCACAUGGAUAAUGCAUCUUGUCGCAUCUCUUAUACCAUCGCACUUCGCUCUACGAUUGGAUGUCUUCUGGCCAUAUGUAUUCUGUAACGUUCUUAUCAUUUACAGAGUCUUGGUUUCAGUGCAAAGAUUUGACCUCAUUCGUGCUAUUCUAUACUUGUGUGCGCAUGAUCUCACCAGCGCAUAUCCUGUUCUGUGCACUUUUCGCGUAGAAACCGUACGAUAGUGCACUAGUAUUAAGAGGACUGCAUGUACGGUUGCCGAGCAGGCUCAGGCCAAACCCCCAAAACCCAAGUCCGGAUCAUAAAGCUGAUGGCC